AUGCCGGGAGAAGAAGGCGAAGCUUCUACAUCCGGUCGGCUCGCGUACCCUGAGAUCGACCCCAAAGGCGGUCCGGGAGCAAAAUUUCCUCUUCCUUCUCUAAUAAAGGCCUUACUGGAGGAUGCCCGAGGCCAAGCAGCAAAGUUCCAAAUAAAGGACCCCUAUUUGUUGGUCCGACCCGAUGCCAGCCACACCAUUCUGAGCCCGCCCCCGGGGUGCACUGCCUUCUACUACAAAGCCAUGGAGAUGGGCUUGAGGUUUCCGCUGACCCAGUUUGAGAAGGACAUAUUGAAUGCUUAUAACUUGUGCUUGGGUCAGCUGUCUCCCAACUCUUGGGGCGGCAUAUUGGCGGUUCAGGUGAUAUGCGAUAUCAUCCGUGUUAAACCGACCCUCACCCUAUGCGCACCAUUUACAAGCUGUUCGAGAUGCCCGCCGGGGAUCAUGGACCUGGUUGGUGGUGCUUCCAGGCUCGGCGAGGCUACCGAACCGUCCUCGACCUACCCACUCGCAAAAGGUGUUUCGUCGAGAAGCUUCUUUGUCCUUUUUGAAGGAAAGACCAAGAAUGGCCGAGCGACUGACUUCCGCUGCUCUCAAGGCCGCUCGGAUCAGGGCCGAGAUGAAGGCAAUAAGAUCAACAAGCCUUCCAAGCCGAAGGAUCCCUCCAACCCCAAACCGAGGAAGCGCAAGGAGAGGGCCGAGGAGAGAGUCGAGCUGACAGAAAAGGCCCUGGCCAAGGCUCGAGCUGAGAAGGAGGCCUCAGCAAAAAAGGCUCGGAAGGAGCCUUCGGUGGAGGUGAACAGUCCCCGACCCGACUCUGGAGGGGGGGACACCCAUAUUUCGGUUCAUCCCUCGGACUUUGAACCUGUCAGAAGUCCGGGACAUGCUCAGGGGACCUCCAACCCUUCUUUGGCCGAGCGCUCUUUGUCCGAGGCGCCCGUCCCCUUCACCCAAAUGUCCAAAACGGACAAGAAGAAGAGGAUCUCCGACGCACUGGAGAUCCUAUGCACUCAGACCGACCGAGACCAUAUUAAUGAGGUCAACGGGAGGAAUGAGUCGAGCGAGCUCUUCCGCUCUUGGAUGGACUUCUCUAUCCGGAUGACUAAAGUGGCCGAGGACCGGCUCGCUUUGGUCCAAGAAGUCCAGGAGCUGAAGGACGCGGCUCGGUCACACUUUGACGAGCUGUACCAAGCCAGAGAGGACAAAAGACUGGCCGAGCUGCGCAAGGAAGAGGUGGAGGAUAAGAUCCGGAAGGGCGAGGAGGCCUGGCAGAAGGAGCAGGAGGAGUGGAAAGUGGAGAGGGCCAACCUCUCCUUGGCUAAGGAGAAUGCCGAGUCGGCCAAGGCUACGGCCGAGACCAAUCUGGCAAAGGUCGAGGGCGACUUGGAGAGGGUCAAGUUCAAACUCUCAACAGCCGAGGCCCAACUGAAAGAGGCUCAUGCGGCCGUUGCCCGCUCCCAGGAGGAGUGGUUCAUGGCCUGGCAGGCUUCGGAUGAUUGUACUGAAUUUUGCGCCGAGGUUGGCCAGUCUUCCCACAAGAUGGGCGAGGAUGAGGCCCUUGGCAAGCUCCGGGAGGCCCUGGCCGACUCUUGUCCAGAAGCCGACUGGAAUUCUGUCUGGUCGCGCUACCAGGAGAUAGUCGAUGCUGAAGCAGCCGUCAUCAAGGCAAAAAUGGCCGAGGAAAUGAGCUCGGAUGACGAGGACGAGGAUGAUGAUGACGAAGGCGCUGCUAGCAUCGAGCCGCCUCCAGGGAAUGCUGCCGAGCAACCUGAUGCUGAGGACCCUGCUGCUGAUCCUGCUGCCGACCGCACUCCCCAGCUGCCUUACGGUUUUUUCUAUGUUUUUGCCAUGUUGGCUUUUUGCUUUAGUUUUUGCAUCGCUUUCGACCCUGUAUUUUUUGUAAACUCUUGGUUGUAUUUUGCAACUUUUCAUCAAUUGGAAUACAACUAUUAUUUUGCAACUUGCCUUGUGUCGCACUUUUUCGUUACUUGCAAUAUUACAACAUUUAAUAGACAAUAA